GGUGCAUCUAUGAGUUCGAAAACACUUCGAUUUUCGAUACCGAGUAUUUACAUAUACAAAAUCGUCUUGUGAGAAUUCUGGUCCGGAAAGAAAAAGAAAUGGUGCUGACACUAACAGAUCUAGACAAUAAGUUAUUCGAGCUGAUACCCUUCACCUCCCCCUCGAGUUGUUGCAUCUACAGAGUUCCGGAGCGUUUACGUCACAUAAAUGAAAGAGCUUACACGCCUCAGGUAGUUUCCAUUGGCCCUUUUCACCAUGGCAAAGAACACUUAAAAUUUAUGGAAGAAGAAAAGCAGAGAUACCUGAAAGAGUUUCUCGCGCGAACGCAUAUAAACUUGGGGGAGCUUGCUAACUUAAUUACAGUCGAUACAGAAGACAAAAUACGAAGCUGUUAUUCUGAAGCAAUCCGAAUGGAUCGCCAAAAAUUUGUUGAAAUGAUCCUGGUGGACUCCAUCUUCAUCAUCGAAGUCUUGUUAAGGAACACCUACUCUACACUUCGAAAUGAGAAACAAGAUCAUAUUUUUAAGCAACCAUAUUUGCUACAGGACAUUUGGUACGAUAUGUGGUUGCUUGAGAAUCAACUUCCAUUCUUUAUUCUAGAUGAAUUUCUUAACCUAAACGAAGUUGCUGAAAAGAUCCCAGUUGAGAAUGAUUAUCCAACAGUCAUCUAUCUUACUUACAAAUUCUUCGAGGAUUUAGAGGCAGUAAACGGAAAAUUACAGAAGUUGAUUGAUUGUAAGAAAGAAGUGAAACAUUUCACUGAUUUUCUAAGAAUUUGUCAUCUGCCAUCUUAUCUGCCAUCGGACCCGCCGGGAGAAAAGAAGGUUAUAACUGCGCCAAGCGUGACACAACUUCAUCAAGCUGGAGUCAGGUUCGAAUUGAGCGAAAGCAAGGAGUCAUUCGACAUAAAAUUCGAAAAAGGUACAUUGAAAAUUCCACAACUUAAGCUACAGCUUGAAACUGAAUCGUUGUUUCGAAAUAUGAUUGCGUUUGAACAACGGCAUUGCCCUGAUAAUUAUAUAAAUGAUUAUGUUUUUAUCAUUCAUCACCUUGUGAAUACGCCCAAGGAUGUGGAACUACUUGUCCAGAAGCAAAUUAUUGAGAAUUGGCUGCCGGAUAAAGAGGGAGUAUCAACUCUUAUAAAUAACCUUUCAAGAGGGACUACUCUCAAUCCCCAUAACUUCUAUUUUUCAAAGCUUUGUAAAGAUUUGAAAGAGUAUCGUGAGACAAGGUGCAACAUGUGGAGGGCGAAUCUGAAACAGAAUUAUUUUAACACUCCAUGGGCUAGCAUUUCGGUCAUUGGUGCCAUUUUCCUGAUUUUGCUCACAGUUUUACAAGCCGUGUUUUCUGUUAUCCAAGUGGAGUCUCAAUCAAACAACUGCUGAUUCUUGACUCGUCAUCAAUACCCUUUUUAUUUUUUUGUUAUCCUGUUUUAGUUUUUGUUUAUUUUAUCG